AUGCUGUCCCAGAGAUUAAUAGGCCGUGCUGCCGUCCGGUCCGCCUUCAAGCCCUCGGGCCUCCCUGUCGUCGUCUCUCCCAGGUUGAGGAGGACUUAUGCGACCGAGUCUGAGGAGAAGGAUCUCGUCAUCAUUGGUGGUGGUGUCGCUGGCUAUGUUGCUGCCAUCAAGGCCGGCCAGGAGGGUCUUAAGGUCGCCUGUAUCGAGAAGCGCGGCACCCUCGGCGGUACCUGCCUGAACGUCGGCUGCAUUCCCUCCAAGUCGCUCCUCAAUAACUCCCAUCUUUACCACCAAAUUCUCCACGACUCGAAACACCGCGGUAUCGAGGUCGGCGAUGUCAAGCUCAACCUCGCCCAGCUCAUGAAGGCCAAGGACCAGUCCGUCAGCGGCCUCACCAAGGGUGUUGAGUUCCUCCUCAAGAAGAACGGCGUCGAGUACAUCAAGGGCGCCGGCUCUUUCGCCGACGAGCACACCGUCAACGUCAAGCUCAACGACGGCGGCGAGACCUCCGUCAAGGGCAAGAACAUCCUUAUCGCCACUGGUUCCGAGGUCACCCCCUUCCCCGGUCUUGAGAUCGACGAGAAGCGCGUCAUCAGCAGCACUGGCGCCAUUGCCCUCGAGAAGGUCCCCGAGAAGAUGCUCGUCAUCGGUGGUGGUAUCAUUGGUCUUGAGAUGGCCUCCGUCUGGUCCCGCCUCGGCGCUCAGGUCACCGUCAUCGAGUUCCUCGACCAGAUUGGUGGCCCCGGCAUGGACCUUGAGGUUGCCAAGUCCAUCCAGAAGAUCCUGAAGAAGCAGGGCAUCAACUUCAAGACCGGCACCAAGGUCGUUUCCGGUGACAAGUCUGGCGAGAUCGUCAAGCUUGAGGUUGACUCCGCCAAGGGUGGCAAGCCCGAGACUCUCGAGGGCGAUGUCGUCCUUGUCGCUAUUGGCCGCCGCCCCUACACCGAGGGUCUCGGCCUCGAGAACAUUGGCCUCGAGAAGGAUGAGCGCGGCCGCGUCAUCAUCGACUCCGAGUACCGCACCAAGAUCCCCCACAUUCGCUGCGUUGGUGAUGUCACCUUCGGCCCCAUGCUUGCCCACAAGGCUGAGGAGGAGGCCGUCGCUGCCAUUGAGUACAUCAAGAAGGGUUACGGCCACGUUAACUACGGCUGCAUUCCCUCCGUCAUGUACACCUUCCCCGAGGUUGCCUGGGUUGGCCAGUCCGAGCAGGAGCUUAAGAAGGCCGGUGUCCCCUACAAGAUCGGUACCUUCCCCUUCAGCGCCAACUCCCGCGCCAAGACCAACCUCGACACUGAGGGUAUGGUCAAGAUGAUCGCCGACCCCGAGACCGACCGUCUUCUCGGUGUUCACAUCAUCGGCCCCAACGCCGGUGAGAUGAUCGCUGAGGGUACCCUUGCCCUCGAGUACGGUGCUUCUUCCGAGGAUAUUGCCCGCACCUGCCACGCCCACCCUACCCUCGCCGAGGCUUUCAAGGAGGCUGCCAUGGCCACCUACUCCAAGGCUAUCCACUUCUAA